AGCCUGCAACAGAAAAAGACGAAAGGAAAGAAAAAGAGAGGCCAUGUUAGUAAACGUCAAGUGCAAACACAUGAUCAGGCAUGUCAGACUGAUGCUUAUCUAGCAGGUCAUACUUAUUUUCGAGCGUGCUGCUUCAAAGCUGUCCAAAAUCUAGUACAUCAAAGCCAUACCAUAGUACCUGCUCCCUCUGAUGUCGCUGAAGGUGCCCUCCCUCAGGAUAAUGGCUUUGAAAUGCAGGGUGGUUGGGACCAUUGCAAAACUGAAAAUGCAAGGGAAGAGGGAGACCAUUUACAAAUUGAGGAAGAUGACUUGCCAGAGAUAGAUGGCAAUACAGCGAAGGAACAGGGAUUGGAGCAGCAGAGCAGUGACCGUGUUGAACAUGACCAUUGCUAUCUCCGUAGUGGCAUAUCAUAUGGAUCAGUGGAUCACACAUACAUGUUAGCCGACUCGCCCAGAACACUCAAACGUAAGCUUGAUGCAGUGCACAAUAAACUUCAAGGGUGCCGCAAACGGAUCAGGUUGCAAGGUGAUACAAUAAUCAGGUUAAAACGUAAAGUUACUUCUCUGUCUACUGUCAUCUUGGAGCUCAAACAGAAAUCCCUGAUCUCUUCUGAUUGUGCGGGGCUGCUUGAGGGCUCCAUUUCUGGUGUGCCAUGGGAAAUUCUGCUAAGAAUAAUCCGCAACUGGUUCAACUCUGUGGAAGCUGAUCCUGGUUUCACCAAGGCCUCCUUCAGUGCGCUUCAGUGCCAAGUGGAAGACAAUAAAAAAAAACAGGGUAAAGACACCAUAUGUGCUUUGAUGAUGGGCGAAAUGUCAAUCAGGAAACAGAGUUUUGUGGAGGUAAAAUACAUGGGUAUGUUGAUGUAGGCAGUGGAGUGGUCAACUAUUCCUUACCAGAAGCUAAGGAGGC